AUCCGAUACCAGAGAUCAACAUUUUCCAACUUCAACCUUUUGAUGGUUUUUUAAUUUAAAACUUAACAAUUAGCUAAUUUAUUGUCAACAAUUGUAUUUGUUGGUGUUUUGUGCUGUUUUGGUAGGUGAUUUAUCGAUGGCAAUGAUUCAACUGAGUAGUCGAUUCAGAGGUUGUUUACUUGGUGUUCAUAUCGGUGAUACAUUUGGAGCUCCAUUUGAAAAUGAUGAAAGUGUUUCCAAGCGAGUGUUACAAAAUUAUCUCAACAAUUUAAUUGCUGUUAAAAAUGCUAAUCAAGUGUUUCCUUAUACUGAUGACACCUUGAUGUCUCGAGCUGUGGCUCAAUCAUUGAUUGCUAACAAAGGAUUUCAUGCGGCCGAUCUGGCGAAACGAUUUGCUCAAGAUUACUUUGAAAAUCCUAAAAGAGGUUAUGGUCAAAAUGUGACCGAAGUGUUUACCUACCUUCACAUUGAGGAGUACGAAGAUCCUUUUGGACCUGCAAGGCGUCAAUUCGGUGGGACAGGUUCUUAUGGUAAUGGUGCAGCUAUGAGGAUCCCUGUCGCUUUGUUUGGACUCAAUUUUACUGACGAUAAACUCAACGAGAUGGUCGAUAAUUGUUCAAAAAUAACUCAUACGAAUGUGAAAGGAAUCAACGGUGCGAAGCUUCAAUGUCAUGGAAUUCGUGAAGCUCUUAGAGCCAAAGAACCGUUUGAUCCUUUAUCUUUUCUCAACACUUUAACUGAGAAAAUGGAAAUUGAAGCCGAUUGUCAGGAGAGAGAUAAAGUCUACGUUAAAUCGCUACAAGAAAUGACUAAAAUUUUUGAAGGAAAACACAGAAAUAAAGACCCGAAGCCCGAAGAGAUCGCUGAUAUUUUUGGUAAUUGUGUUUCGGCGAUGAGAUCAGUUCCAUCGGCCAUUUACAGUUUUCUUCGAUCUCAAAAACCGAUGGAACUUUUUGAAACUGAUAAUCCUUUUCUUCGCACUCUCUUCUUGUCCAUUUCGCUCGGCGGUGAUACUGAUACAAUCGCUUCCAUGGCCUGUGCGAUGUCCGGUGCCUUACACGGAGAAUCGACAAUUCCCUCAACUUUAAUCAAACAAUCGGAAUCUUCCGACUCAACAAUCAAAUUAGCUGAUAAAUUGCAUCAAUUAGUUGACGGUUAGUUAGCUUAAACAUUUGAUUUUAAUAGUGAUCAAAGUAUCAAAUUGAAAGGAAAUUAUUUCAUUUGCAUCAAAUGUUGAUUAGUUUUAAUUAAUGUCUUUUUAUAUUAAAACAAAAUUUACUAAUUGUUAUAAUGUGUUUAUUGGUGAUCCUAGAAAUGAUUGAAUUGAUUAGUCAGAUCAACUGAGAAAGUGAAACUGAAUCAAAAAUAAACUCAUUCCCCAUUAGGUCAAGAUCAAAUUUUUCUUAAAUGGCUUCAGGCUAUUUUCUUGUAACCAUUAAGAUUACAGUUAAAUUGUUGCUUUGAUUAAACUUUAUCCUGAUUGUUACUUA